CGAUGCCACACUGCAGGUAUAGGUUGAGACGAGAGAGAGUGAGAGAGAGAGAGAGAGUGAGGAUGGAGAGCAAAGAAGUGGAGGCAGAAGAAGACGAGGGGCCACCACCAGGUUGGCAGUCCAUCCCUCUCCCUUCUUCCCAGUCACCGCCACAACCACCACUUUCCGAAAUGGCUCAAAUGGUUUGUGGUUCUUGUCGUCGUCUGCUGAAGUAUCCUCGAGGAGCCAAGCAUGUCAAAUGCUCGUGCUGUGACACAGUCAACUUGGUACUUGAAGCGCAUGAGGUUGGGCAAGUGAAGUGUGGCAGCUGUGAAGUUUUGCUGAUGUACCCAUAUGGAGCAUCAUCAGUCAAGUGUUCCUCUUGCACUUUUGUGACGGAAAUUACAGAGCACAACAGGCGACCUCCGUGGUCUGUACAGCAGGGGCAACUGUCCUCUCCGCCAAAGCCUGUUCGGUGAACUACUUACUACUGCUGUCUGGUUUAGUUCCAUUCUUUCUAGAAGGAAUUUCUGUCACCAUCCUUCAAAAUAUUGAUGUAUGGGAUCACUCAGUUAGUGAAACUUGUUUUACGGGAGUGCUACUAAUUAUAAGACGAACUUGUCAACCUUCUCUCCGA